UGAGAGUGGGAGGCUGCUGGUGGAGACUGUGGCCAUGGUGCGCGUGUACGGCUGCCACCCGUUCUGCGGGCAGGAAGUGCUGCCUGUGUGCGAGGAGCCGUCGCUGCUGGCGAGCGGCUCGCGCACCGUGCUGGCGCUCGCCGCCACCAGGGCCCUGCUGCUGCCCGUGCAGCUCGGCCCCACCGCCCGUGCCCUGAGGCCCUUCCCGGCCGCGGGAGACUGUGUCACCGCCAUGGCCUACAGCGAGACCGGCGACUACGUGGCCACGAUCGAGAACAGCAAGAGGAGCCCGCCGACGGUGCGAGUGUACGUCAACUGGCGCCAAACCUCGCCGCAGCACGCCAACAGAGCCGGCACGUCCGCCGCCGGGCCCCGGCCACCAAACGGCGACGACUUUGCCGGCGUGACGCCAGUCGGCCAGGCGGCGGCGGCGGCGACGCCGCGGUACCGCGUGCGCAUGGCCGGCCACGCGCUGUCGCGGCAGAAGCACGGGGCCCAGAGGUCGCCCGCGCACGAGUCGGCCACCCACGUCAUCGAGAUCAGCAUGCAGGAGCAGCCGUUGUGCCUGGCGUGCUGUCCGACCACCGGCAACCUCCUGGUGGGAGCGGCAGGCAAGCGCCUCGGUCUGUUCUGCCGCGUUGCCCAUGUCCAGCGCAAGCUGCCGACGCACGGCGCCAGCUCGGAAACGGACGAGUCCGGCUCGGAGCACGAGUCCUCCGACGGCACCGACGACCCGAACCUCGUCGACUUUGAACGAUUCGCCAUGCUCACGGUCGCAUUCUCGCCGCUGGAGGUGGCCCUGUGCGAGAACUACCUGGCCUUCCGCUCGGAGAUCGACAUCCAGGUCCUGCAAGUGGACAUGGGGGCCUUUGCCGGCAAGGGCCUUCGCCAAGACGGCAGUCCCUCGGCGAGACCCGCGUCUACGCCCGGCACGGCAAUCGGCUCGCGCGAGGUUCCCUACCGUUGCACCCAGCUGCCCGAGGCCCCCUUCCAAGUGGAGUGGGCCGGCAUGCCAACCCUCAUGCACAACCUGGGCAACUCCCUGCAUUUCUCCUCCAUCCUCUACAGGAAGUUCGUGCCCAGCUUGUCCCCCCAGGGAGCAAGGGAAGAUCUCCUCCACUCUCUGCAGCUCGUCCCCAUCUACGUGCAUAACUGGCACGAGGCGCGGACGAAGGCGCCGCUGGGCGGCGAGCGUCAGAUGGCCGCCCUCAGCUGCUUCUUCAGCCAGUCGCGCGAGGGCUUCCUCUACGACGUGCUGGACGGCGCGAGGCUCGUCUCGCGCUACCAGUACUCGGCCGUGUCCCUGCAGGCCGCGCUUGGGACCCACCUCCUCUACGUCGUCACGCGAGAGAACCUGGAAUGCUACACUGUUCACAGUGUGACCCUGGCAACCAGAAGGUCGGACCCCGAAGUAGACGGAGAGAGAAAGGCCUGUCCGCCGCCCAGCCUGGAGGUGUGCUCGCUGCGCAUGCAGCACUUCAUCGGGCUGCAGCGCGUGUGCGUGUCACGUGACCACGCCAUCCUGUUCACACGCGCCGGCCUCAGAGGCACCAGGACACCCAGACGGCCGCAGCGGCCGAAGAUGAGGCCAGACGGGGGCGCAGGGGAUAAUAACACGGGCUGGAAUCUCUACGCCCUGCACCUCACCCCGCUGAUACAGCUCUACAAUGAGAUGGUGGAGUACGGGCAGCAGUAUGAGAGCACCUGCCCGGAGUCGCGGUUGCACCUUCUGUGCGAGGGCCACCUCCUGCUGCGGGCGGCCGCCCUCGCCGGAGGCCCCGGCUGGACCGAGGCGUCUGCUGCCGAGUUUGCGACCGCGUUUCGCGAGAGCUGCGCGCUGCUCGGGGACCAGUACAGCCGCCUCACCGUGGACGACUGGCGGCUGGCGUUGCCGUAUUACCGCAUGGCCGGCCUCAACGCUGCCGCCGUCCUGAGCCGGCAUGCGACGUCCACGAGGGCGUACGGCAGGGGCCUCCUGCACUGCCUGUACGGCAUGGCCUGCGAGCGCGAACUCCUCCAGCAGGAGACGGCCGACCGGGUACUGCAGGUGUUCAGCACGGUGGAGCCGGCGCGCGUGCCGCACCUGGUGGCCUGCCCCGGCAUGGCGCUCGUCUCCCCGGCGCUCGCGCGCCAAGCCCUCGUGCCCCCCGCCGACGGUGACGACGACGCCGCCGCCGCCGCGGCGAAGAGGGCCCCGACGUCGCCUCUCUGCAGCCUCGCGGCGGCGUUCGUUUCGCUGCGCGUGGACGACGACGACGCCGCAGAGGCGGAGGCGAUCCUGUCGGGGAUGCGCCAGGACCAGGUGGUGCAAGCUGCCCUGCAGGAGCCCCGGCUGGUGGUGCGCGUCGGUACGGAGGCCCCCGGGCAGGGCGGCGAGACGGGCGCCACGGCCACGGCGCUGGGGCGGCUGCUGGCGCGCGGCCACGUGGCGCUCAUGGUCUCCACGCUCGUGUCGCUGCACGAGAGCGACGCGCUGAGCCUGACGGACAUCGAGGAUCUGCUCGUGACUCUGGGGCCCGAGAGCGAGGAGCCGUGCUCCGGGGUGGAGAGGGAAGCCGUGCCGUCCAUCCUGCUCGACCUGUGGGAGCACCUGACCCUCGUGUGCACUAAGCCCGCCGUGAAGGCCCAGCUGCCGGAGAAGCUGGCGCGUGCCUACCUGCAGCGCAUCGCGUCCGGCGACACCCAGAGCCGGCCCGCGCUGCUCUCCGCCCAGGAGCUGAGGGAGCUCUCGAAGGCUCACUUUGGGAAGGUGUUCCCGUGGGUGGCGCUGGUGAUGAAGGAGGGAGGGCUGCAGAUGGACGACCAACGCACCCAGCACCUGGAGAAGCUGCAGGGGCUGCUGUGCGGCGGUGGCCUGGCCUCCGGCGCCACCGACGACCUCCUGAGCGCCGCGCCGGCGUUGGGAGCGGCCGAGCCGAUCGUGCGGGCGCUGGCGCUGUGCCACGCCGGCAGCUACGGCCUCGUGCGCCGGCUGCUCAUGGAGAGCUGCCCCUCCGCACUCGUGCCGUUCGCCAGCCACCACUUCCCGCACAGCUCGCAGGUCUCCUUCUGGUCGGAGCUCCUGGUUGAGCUCUGCGCCUACGUGAAACGGAUCCCGGAGGAUCACCAUCACCUCGGCGACCUGGUCGAGGCCCUCAAAGGGGCCAUGGAGGGAGCGUCGCGCCGUCUCGAUCCGCUGGCCUUGCUGGAGCUGCUGCCCGACGAGGGCCAAGCGGCGUUCUUCCUGCCGUACCUCCUCAGCUGCUGCCGCACUCACUACCAGGGCAGCUAAUGCCCUCCCCCCCCCCCCCCCACCCCGGAGAGAGGAAGAUGAAUCGCUCCACCCCCACCGACCCCGUGGCGUGCCGCAGCGCGACCCUCGGUGCGACUCAGGCCAGCAAGUCGCCCGGAACGUGCCCGCCGAUCUCUUCAGAUCUCAGAAGCCCCAAGCACGAUUUUGAGCCUGGACUUGUCGUCGUGAUCUGAUGGGUGAGCGUCAGAGCUUGCCAGGUGGUUGCUGUGUAGGCUUAGGCCUGCAAGGUGUGUGAGUCUGAUGCCCUGGGCUCUCUGCUUUCCUCUCACACAUGGAGCCCAAUCAUGAAUUGCUCCCCUGGCCAAACAUGCACAUUCAGGGAGUAUGGAGACUGGGUUAGGCUUUCAUGGAAUGUAUUGUUUUUUUUUUAAGUUUAACUUUUUUAUCGCUGUAGUGUAGGUAUUUUAACGAGGAGGGCUGAAUGCCACAUGUUGGGACCGCGUCUACCCCUGCAAAAAGGUCCUUAACGACUCAACCGAUUUGAUGAUUUGAUCAAUUGGCAACUAUAUAUUUUAUUAUUUAUGUUUUAUACUCGCUCCUUGGCUGUAGGAAUCGUGUACAUCCAUAGCGGAAAACAAGAUGUAGUCCAUCGGAAAUACUCGGUACUCUCAAUCGGUCACGUGCGCCGUUAGUGUAACGAUGGAUUUAAGUCGACUGAUCGUAUCGAUCGGCUCGCUACGCGCCAAAACCCGCAGCCUCGAUGAAUGUCACGGAUUAGCGCGAGCAGAGAACUUUUAACGUCCCUGCUCAUAGCCUGGCGCUGCGUGACGCGUAAAGAACCUCUCAAUCAUCGUCAUCAUUUACUGUUUUAUACCGCUGCUCCUGUACGUCGCGUCUCAAGGCACGGGAUGCGCGCCGUCGCAAGCGGCUUUGCCGGCGUCGAGACCGCGCGGAGGAGUUGGGACCUCCUCGGUGCGACGCUGAGCGAGACACGGCGGAUGUCGGGUCGAUCCAUCCUCGUGGUGCGCGUUUGUGAAAGUUGUCGCCUCGGAAAACCCGUUGAGAUCCACGCCGGAAUUUGGGAACCCGCCGGCGUAAUCUCUCCUCUCUCUGUCGCUCUCGCUCGCUCGCUCUCUCUACACGCGGGGGCGGACACCGGAAAGCGCUUCUCUGUGCGUUCAGCAUGCAAUCCAGCAUGACUUGCAAGCGGAGUUGCGGUGACUAUGGACCAAUGUGGCUCCCGAGCGGAUGAGGAGUGGUGGUGGCGCGUGCGGCCUCGCGAAGACGCCUCGAUCAUCAUCGUCGUCGUCGUUGGCCAUGGUCUAUCCACCGCUGAAUGAAGUCCUCCACGACGCCCUUGCCAUUCUUCGUCGUUCAGCGCUGCCACAGUCCGUCCGGCUCCCGUGCGUGCGUGCACAAGCCGGCCUUGCCGCUCCAUCUCCAUGGCGGCCGAUCUAUGGGGCGCAUUCUCAGCCUCGUCCGUUGAACAUCGUACCUCUCUAGAGAUGCGUCCUGCACAGGGCCCGCUCGAUCCUCGUCAACGGCCGAUGCGACGCGUCUCCGAUCUGUGCGUUAACCGAUCCGUGGGCGUUGCUCUCGCCGUCUCCCCGGUGGCUGGAUAACGCAGCGUUGGUUUGGGAGCAGUCGUUAGUUCACGCUGAAGCUUACCAGGCUUAUUGCAAUUAAACAAACGUCGUAAUUCUUACAGAUUGCAAUUUCUGGGUAUAUUAAUCCCUCGUCAGGGGGGGGGGGGGCAGGGGUAAAUACGGUCCCGUAUUAAAUGUCAUUGUAAUUGCACCCAAGGUAAUCUCUAAUUUAGCCGAACCUAAUUCCGCGUCCCCCGAGGUUAAGACAGGAGUGUAAUUAUUUAGUGCCAGAUUGUGCCACGCGGUUUUAUUUAGUCGUAUAAACACAAACCUGCGCAGACAUUUCAAUGCUUGUUGCACUUGGAAGAAGCUGCCGCACUGGGCCUGCUGUCCAGAAAAUUGUCGGUUCAAUCUCCGGUCGCGGCAGCCGAAACGAUGGUGCGAUUUUCUUAGGUUACACGCGGUGGGGGUAAAGUGAGGGUACUCCCACCCGUUCUCAGACAUAGGCCCUCUAGUGGGGGGCCUUCCAACAGCAGUGGCGUGCGCAAGCAGUUGCCUUUUUACCCAUCAGCCCCUUGGUGUCGCUACGGCAGUGUGCACCGGAAUGCCUUCGUAACACAACGUGUGCCUGGAAUUUGUACAUUUGCACUGCGUAAUUUAACAAUUAAUGACUUCGUUUAUUUUGCUGUGAGUGUGCCAAUGUUAUAGUUUGUACAGUAAUCCUAACUUGCAGUUUGCCUUUUAUUCAAAUGAAUUGUUUACCAUGAACGUAGUUAAGAGACGCGAAAUAUGACAGCGAUUGAGCAUUUUGCCUUGCUUUUAGCAUUUCUAGUUGAGUGAAAUCUCCUCGCAAAAGAUGUUUUUAUUAAUUUGUUGUCUUCACUUUGCCGCGAAGAUGUUCUCACCCGAGAUGACGACCGCGUGGCACCGCGUGACGACGUCGCCGCGUGACGUCACAGCACGGCGGUGUGUGUGACGUUCGUUCCACUCCCGAGUUAUAUUUCCACGUUGUUUACGAUGUAAAUCUGACGGAGGGGAUUGUUUGGGACGGAGCGUCCGCCCGGAAGAGCCGCGUUAGUUUUACGAGACUGUUUUAGAGAUUUUGCCGCACAGAGCUGAUUCGUGGGGAGCCCUUUUAAAAUUAAUUAUGUUGACUUGUUUUAAAGAAAUAAUUUUAUUGUUGAUCCGUCCAAUGAAGGUGUCCGCCUAUUUGUAAGUUUUAUUUUAUCGGGAAUUGACGCAACGUACCGGUGGAAUAAUCCAGCGCCAAUUGUGAUUAUAGCGUUAAUUACGUCAAUCGAUUCGCGAAUCUGUUCAAUGUUUUGUGUUUUACAGCAGCUUGAUAUGAUGAUAAGGUUGCAUUUGGUGAACUUAUUUAAAUCCGAAUCGCAUUGUUACAGGUGUAUUGUGUGUGUGUUUUUUUACAUUGUCGCGAAUGUAAAAACCUCUGCGGCUGCAAGGCGUCCAUGGAGGAAACCCAUUUACGUACAAAAUAUAAGCAGUCGAUAACGUUGACUGGGACGCAUGCUCGUAUUGCGAGCCGAGAGAGUCCGGGUUCGUCUGCCGCCGCUCCGUGCCACUUGCGAGGGAGGGUUACGUGACGAUGGCAGUGCAACGUUUCUCGCUGCGCGUGAAGGCGGCGCUGGCAGUGUGAGCGAGGCCGAUCGUGUCCAGUUCCUAAUCGUGACGCGACACAAGACGCACACUACUCGGAGUGUAACUCAAGUGCAGUAUUCUUUUUUUAUUAAACCAAAGUGCAAUCUGUAACCAUCUAUUUCAGGUACUUAAUGAAUGUAAAACUCCCCC